AUGGAUGACAAUAGACUUUUUCGUCUGCUUCUGGGCAGCGAACAACACCUCCGAGCCCACCUCGAGGACAUCAAGGCACGUGCCUCACGUCAACCUGAUCAUGAUCAACUCGCCUCUGUCUUCCGUGCGUCUGCUGUGGACCUCAUGAUGCUCUUUCGCUCCCACUAUUGCGGACGCCUAGUCGAUAUUGGCAUUCGAUGGCUCAUAUCCGAAAUUCUCGAGAGCGUGGCACUCUCCUUUCUCGGGGAGGUUGAAGUUUACAAGUUCAAAUACCAGGUCCGAAUACCUUGGGGUGCUUAUGAGGUCGCUGACCUCGGACACUUGAUAGAUCUGUUUGCUGCUUUAGAUAUGGACGUUGACGGUUAUUUCAACAUUCUCUGCAGCAAUGGCCGCCAUUAUUCGAGGAACCUGGUGGGGGCGACAUACCUAUUUGCACCGCACUGUCCUCCUGGACCACCGCGUUUCGUCGAGAUACGAAACAGGUAUUUCACAGUCCGCCUUCCCGCGGAGAUGAUGUGGGAUGAGGCGGUGAAACUCAAGCAAAAUGUCCAACCGCUGCUACGAGUUGCCGUACAGUUAAUCCCGAGCCCACUGUCGCUCAGGUUCAAGCCAUAUCUAACCGACAAGUAUGCUCCCGAGCAUUCCAGACACAUUAUCGGCAUGCGUCGCUAUGCAGAUGCAUUAGGACACCUUGAGCGCUGGAUUGCGAUCUUGACACUCGCCUGCUACCUCUGGCAUUCACUCGACCAUCUUAUUCCAAUACACUCUGAUGGCAACAACGCUAUCAACGUCGACAAAGGCAUCCGCGACAGGAGAUGGACGCAGCCAUUGCUGGCUUUGAGUCCAUUCUUCUCUCGAUAUCUUGGUUACGAUCAGAUUUGA